CUUCCCCGGGCGGGGAUAAAAAGCAGCCGGAGUCCUGGACAGUGCAUCUGGAACCAGGGAGGACGGGAGGGAUAAUACAUACCUCCUCCCGGGGGAGAGAUCUAACGCACUCUGCCUUCCACCUCUGCUACCAUUCAGGGGGCACAUCUAAUAGCCACAGCCCCCAAUAAUACCUCUGCCCCCUUCCCUGGCUACAACUGGCAGCUGUCUGCCCCGGCACCUGUUGUUACACAUCACAUGCAGCUUCUUCACCUUCCCCUGGCUCCAGGUACAUGCCAACAUCCAUUACUCCUUAUUUACCCCUCUCCGCUCAGACUGCACGCCCCUCCAUCUUAUGGGGUUGCGUUCUGUAUUUCCCAUCUCAUUCAUUCCACCUGCACUUUGCUGGCUCUCGCCCACUGCCCGCCCUCAUUCAUCUUUCAGCUGGGGGCAUAUGUGAAGCCCACCUCCGCCAUGGAUCUCAGUUAGUGCCCCCUCUGAUUCCCAUUUACCAGCGAGGCUGAGCCCGUGUCAGAGGCAGAUUUGGGGAUUUCUCAUCCAGGAUCUGAUACCCUUCGCUGCAAGGUGGGGUAACUCUGCUGGGCACCCUGUCACCUGGUGCUAUGACCGCGAAGCUGCUGGAAAAGCUACAGGUGAAUAUGACAUCCCUUCUGCCUGACACGCUGUACGCUGAUGAGGGGCAAGAUCUGCCGGGAGGGCUGUCCAUCUACCCCGGAGGGGGCAACGAGCAGCACUACACCAUGUCUGCAGAUAAUGUAAUGGAUUUAGGUUUGACCAAUGACAAGAACUCCCAGGAUCUCUCAUAUACAGGUACAUUCCAGCCAGGCAACAAGACUGUCACAUACCUGGGCAAGUUCUCAUUUGAUUCCCCAUCCAACUGGUGCCAGGAAAACAUCAUCAGCCUGAUGAGCGCAGGCAUCCUUGGUGUACCAACAUCCCAAGCACCAAGUGCAGGUGGAGGACAAAGUGGUGGAGGUAGUGGAGGCAUCAUGGGGCAGACACAAAGUGAUGUGGAGUCUAUGUUCCACAACCUUCCACCUUACUCUAGUUGUGGGGACCUGUACCAUGACCAGGUGGGCUUUCAAGGAGGUGGUAUGCCACCGUACUCCUCCCAGGAGUACCCUUCUGCUAAACAAAGCUUAGACUCUAGUGUGUUUCCAAUGAUACCAGACUACAACUUGUUUCACCACAAUACAGACAUACCCACAGUAGAUCAAAAGCCUUUCCAAAACAUGGAGGCCAUGCGGGUCAAUCCACCACCCAUCACCCCACUGGAAACUAUCAAAGCUUUCAAAGAGAAGCAAGUCUUGCCAAACUUUGGGGGCAUGAGCCAUCAACCCCCACUUACCCUUAAACCGAUUCGCCCAAGGAAGUACCCCAACCGCCCAAGCAAGACCCCACUUCAUGAGAGGCCUCAUGCCUGUCCUGCUGAGGGUUGUGAUAGGCGCUUUUCACGGUCUGAUGAGCUGACCCGCCAUCUUCGUAUCCACACAGGACAUAAGCCCUUCCAAUGCCGUAUCUGCAUGCGGAGCUUCAGCCGUUCCGACCACCUAACUACCCACAUCCGCACACAUACAGGGGAGAAGCCCUUUGCUUGUGACUUCUGUGGACGCAAGUUUGCACGCAGUGAUGAGAGGAAGCGACAUGCCAAGAUCCAUCUCAAACAGAAGGACAAGAAAGGAGGGGAUAAAGCUGUCUGCUCGCCCUCUGUCGCUGGGGCACCAGCAGUUACCACAUGCGCUUGAGUUCUAGCCCAAAUUACCUUUUCCCUGAGGCAAUGGAGGAGAGUGCAUUGUGCAAUGUGCUCACCUUCAUUGUGAAACAGUGCUCUGCAGACUAUUACCAUAUAUACUGAUACUAAUAUUGAGCUGUAGCUCAUUCAAGAGAGACCUGCAGAGCAUUUCUCUCCUAAAUUGUUUACUGCCAGUGAUCUGCAGAGCAUUACUCAACUUUCUAGCUCAAAUGCAAAAAUGACUUCAUUAGUACUCCUUCAAGUUCCAUUUUUGGAGCAUCACACUCCUGAUGAAGACAUUAACACCAACCCAUAACAGCUCUACCUGCAGACCAUUUCUCCAUCUCCCACGCAGAUCAUCUCUGCUCCAGGCUACACCCAAUGACUCUGAUUUGUACAGCCUCACUCCAUUUUUCUAAUCCUAUUCUACAUGCUGGAAAGAUGAGAACAAGGGUCUCAGGGUACAUAGGAUUUGGGGAAGCUAAAUCCUUAAAGUUUGAGGCAGGGUCGCUAAAUUUGCUGCAAUGGCAAAAUUAUUCUGCUGCUAUGUCCAAAUGUUACACCCUCAUGUGCCUGCUGUCCGCGUCAGGUCCCCUCCUCCUUUAUAUUUAUCCAUCACUCUUUUUAUCCUCAUCCUGCAAUCAUUAUCUCCCUAGUAUCACAUAUGACAGUUUUCACAUUUCCUUUUCUUUCAGAGGUUUUCUCGUCUUAUCAUUCUCUUGCCUCUCCAUCCCCCCACCGCUCUGUCUCUUUCUCUCCUGUACAUUCUCCCCCCUGAUUUCUUUUCAACGUCUGUCACACAGUUUUAUUAGGGAAAAAAAACAACUACAGCUUGAGUCAGUGUGUGUGAAACAGUGUGUGCAUGAUUACAUACCAUAUACAGUAAAUCAGUUGGCCAAGUUUCAUUGUCCACAGCUCAGGAUUCAGAGAAGUGAAAAAAUAUAAGGAUUACGUAGACUUUCUUUUGACCAAAGCGCAACACGGUUUAGUCUCCUGCGGCUGCUGGGUCACAAGUCACGGGGGGGGGGGG